AUGGCCUCCGGGGCCGGGGCCGGGGCCGGGGCGAGGAGCGGAGCGGGCGGGAAGAUCCGCGGGCGGCGCUGCCCCCGGGGCCCCGCCCCGCCCUACCCGCGCGGCCCGCCCGCGCACCCCAAGGGAAUCCUCAGCAGAGUGACCGAAUCUGUCAAGAACAUCGUACCCGGAUGGCUUCAGCGGUAUUUCAACAAGAACGAAGAUGCCUGCAUGUGCCCCACCAACACGGGAGAAUCUAGACUUUGGCCAGAGAAUGCGGAAAAUGACCACCUCAUCUAUGCAGAAGAGGAAAGCCCUGUAAUACGUGAUGGCAGGAUCACUCUCGAGCCCGCAGUCAGUAGCGAAGAAGAACCCUCGACAAGUAGGUCUGCUCUAAAUUUCCCCGAUGUGCUAACGAGGCCAUCCCUUCACCGGAGCCACCUGAAUUUCUCCGUGCUGGAUUCCCCGGCCCUGCACUGUCAGCCUUCCACCUCCGCUGCGUUUCCCAUUGGCGGUUCUGGGUUUUCCCUCGUAAAAGAAAUCAAAGAUUCUACCUCUCAACAUGAUGAUGAUAACAUCUCAACAACCAGUGGCUUUUCUUCUAGAGCUUCUGAUAAAGAUCUAGCCGUUUCAAAGAAUCCAUCAAUGCCACCCCUCUGGUCCCCCGAGGCUGAACGUCCUCAUACGCUUUCACAGCAUCCUGCCGCCGGCUCAAAGAAACCAGCGUUCAACCUAUCCGCCUUUGGGACCCUCUCCCCGUCACUUGGAAAUUCUUCAGUCCUGAAGUCAACUCAUUUUGGGGAUUCUCCUUUUUACCCCGGAAAAACAACUUACGGCGGUGCAGCCGCAGCAGCGAGGCAGUCUAAACUUCGAAACACGCCCUACCAGGCCCCAGUGAGAAGGCAGGUGAAAGCCAAGCCAGUCAACUCGCAGUCCUAUGGAGUGACCAGUUCCACCGCCCGGAGAAUAUUGCAGUCCCUGGAGAAGAUGUCCAGCCCUUUAGCAGAUGCGAGACGGAUUCCAUCUGCUGUUUCUUCUCCACUGUCUUCUCCCUUCGACAGGAGUGGGUUGGACACCGCCGACCUGCAAUCCAAAAGGAAAAAGGUGGACUCCCGCACGCCACCUGUUCAGAGACUAAUGACCCCAAAGGCAAUUUCCGUUGCAACCAAUAGGUCUGUGUAUUUUAAACCGUCUUUGUCUCCGGCCACCGAAUUGAGGAAGACCAGUCAGAGAAUAGAUCUGAAGCACAAUGUCGGGCGGGAGAAAGCUCUCACCCUGGGGCAAAAAGCAGAACAACAUGAAAGCAAUUUCUCCUACCCAGACUUCGGCACGCCAGCCAACGGACUAUCCUCCGGAGCAGGGGGCGGCGGCGGCAAGAUGAGGCGGGAGAAAACCCGGCCCGGGACGAAGCCUCAAGCGCGGGAGGACGCGGAGGUACCAGUGCUCCCCAAAAUCUCUCUACCAAUUAGUACAACUUCACUGCCCAGCUUCAACUUUUGUUCCCCUACUAGUACUACUGCCUCUUCAUCACCCGUCAGGAUGGCACAACCCUCGGCAAAUAAGGUACAGGCAACCCCUCCAAGUAAUCCUGGCAGUCCUGUGUUCAGAUUUUCAUCUCCUAUAGUAAAAUCCACCGAGGCAGAAGUGCUACCUCCGUCAUCUAUUGGAUUCACAUUUAGCGUACCUGUUGUGAAGUCGGCAGAACUUCCUGGCUCCAGUAAUUCGUCACAGCCAACUAGAAGUAGUACAGAUAUAACUGCUGUAAAUAGCACAAGCAAUAAGAAAGAAAAUGAGGAUUAUGAGGGGCCUUUCAAGCCUGCAAAAUCUCUGAAAGAGGGGAGUGUGCUGGAUAUUCUGAAAAGCCCAGGCUUCACCUCUCCGAAGGCAAGCCCUCUCCCCACUUCCCAGCCCCCCGCGACAAGCACAGUCGUCUACACGAGACCCGCAAUAAGUAGUUUUUCCACGAGUGGAGGGGGAUUCGGAGAGAGCGGAAAAGCCGGCGCUCAGUGGCAGUGCGACUCGUGCCUGUUACAGAACAAAGUCACGGACGGGAAGUGCGUCGCCUGUCAGUCGGCCCGAGUGCCCCCGAGAGAUCCCGCCAAGCCCGGCGGAAGUGCCACUCCGAGCAGCGAGGCCAAACCGACCCCACCCGCCGCCGGGACGGUCGGCUUCGGAGACCGAUUUAAACCAGCGGCCGGAACGUGGGAUUGCGAUACCUGCUUAGUUCAGAACAAGCCCGAAGCCACCAAGUGCGUGGCUUGCGAAACCCCAAAGCCCGGGACGGGCGUAAAACCCGCCCUCACGUUGCCGGUGGCUUCGGAGGGUUCGGGGGCCGUGACGACCUCGUCCCCCAGAUGCGCGGCCACCUCCGGGACCUUGGGGUUCGGAGACAAGUUCAAGAAGCCCAAGGGAUCUUGGGAAUGUCCGGUGUGCUGUGUGCAGAACAAGGCGGAAGACAGCAAAUGUGUGGCCUGUAGUUCAGAGAAACCGGGAGGCUCAGCCCCCGUGGCAAGCAACAGUUCUCCCGCUGGGUCCGCCCCUUCAGGAGGAUUUCUAGGAUUCGAAAAAUUCAAGAAGCCCGAGGGCAGCUGGGACUGUGAGGUCUGCCUGGUGCAAAACAAAGCGGAGUCCACCAAGUGUGCAGCAUGUGAGAGUGCAAAGCCGGGCACGAAGCCCGAGGUUAAAGGCUUCGGCACCCCUACGACCUCCUCGGCCUCUUCGGCCGCCCCGGCCCCGGCCUUCAAGUUCGGACUCCCGCCGUCGUCCUCGGAGCCGCCUCCCACCGCCCCCGCCGCUUCGACCGGCUUCAAGUUCGGAGACCCGGGGGGCUUCAAGUUGGGCGCCUCGUCGUCCGACUCGGCCGUCUCCAACCCCACGAGCGGGGGCUUCAAGUUCUCCCAGACUGUCGGGGACUUCAAAUUCGGGGUCUCGUCCUCCGACUCGAAGUCAGAAGAGGUGAAAAAAGACAGCAAGGGGGAUAGUGGUUUUUCCUUCGGACUGGCGUCCGGGUUAAGCAGUCCUUCCCCCGCGGCCGGGUUUCAGUUCGGGGCGCCCAGCCUGGGGCCGCAGGAGAAGAAAGAGGAGCUCGACAAACCGGCCCCCGGGGGGUUCACCUUCGGGGCGGGGCCCGUCUCCGCCGCCCCCCGCGCCGCCUCCGAGAACAAGACCGGAGGGAGCGGCUUUGGCUUCGGAGCGGCGGAGGCCAAGCCGGCUUCGGCGGCACCCACGACCCCCUUCUCGUUUCCGAAGUCGGAGGGAGGUAAGGACGGAGGCCCCGUGGCCCAAGGAGGCUUCAGCUUCGGCGGCCUGGAGCCCGCCGCCCGCCUGCCCCCGGCCCCCGCGUUCGGCCUGGGAAGGACAGAGGAGAAAAAGCCGGAGCCGGUCACCUCUGCCACCGCUCUGGUGUUCGGGAAGAAGAAAGCGGGCAGCGAGGAGCCCAAGUCCCAGCUGCUGUUUUCGUUCGGGAAUCCCGAGCAAACCAAAGACGAGAGUCCGGCCAAGCAGGCGUUCAGUUUCAGCCUGGCGAAGCCCGCCGAGAAGGAAGGGGACCCGCCCGCCAAGCCCACUUUUGCUUUCGGGGCCCAGCCCGCCGCCCCAGCCGAUCAAGGAGCAGGAAAGCCGGUGUUAAGUUUGUUGAGCAGCGGCUCCUCCAACCCCGGUGUCCCGACCACGGGGGCUGCCGGCGGCGGCAGCCUGUUCGGCGGGGCCGCCUCCGCCGCCAACCCGCCCGUGGCCGCCUUUCUGUUCGGACAGGCCGGCAACGCGGUGAGCGGCUCUGCUUUCGGCACCCCCUCGGAAAGCGGCGCCCCGCAGCCCUUCGUCUUUGCUCAGGAGAGCAAGCCGGCCGCCGCGUCCGCCACCGCCGCCGCCGCCAGCGCGCCCGGGGCCGCGGUGGCCCCGUUCGUCUUCGGGCCGGGGGCCGGGGGCGGCAGUAACCCGGCCACCUCCAGCUUCGGCUUCGGCGCCUCCACCACGGCCAGCGCUGCGGGUUCCUCCUCCUUCGUCUUCGGUUCCGGGGCUCCGGCGGCUUCGGCCAGUCCGGUCUUCGGCGCCAGCCAAACCCCGACCUUCGGACAGAGCCAGGGGGCCGGCCAGCCCGGCGGCCCGGGCUUCGGGGCGCUGCCGUCGUCCACGUCGUUGUUUUCGACCGGCUCCCGGGCCCCCCUGCCCACUUUUGGGUCCGUGUCGAGCAGCGGCCAGCCCCCGGCCUUCGGCCAGCAGCCCGGCCAGCAGGCCGGGUUCGGCUCUGGCUCGGCACCUUCCGGCUCGGGCGGCGUGUUCCAGUUUGGGAGCAGCACGACGAAUUUCAACUUCACAAGCAACAACCCGACAGGCGUGUUCACCUUCGGUGCUAACGCCCCCUCGGCCCAGCCUUCCGGCACAGCGGUCUUCCCCUUCAACCCGGCGCCGGCCUUCACUGUAGGGACGAACGGCAAGAACGUGUUCUCUGCCUCCGGAAGCUCGGUCACUGGGCGGAAGAUAAAGACGGCCGUCCGGCGCCGAAAAUAAACAUCCGGGCUCAUUAGAGACAGUCGUGUUGGCCACAGCUGGUGCCUGCGUCUGCCCCGGGCGGGGGGACUGCCCAAGCCUCAACGGCCCGAGGACGUCCUUGGGGCUCCCCUCCUCCCCUCCCUUUUAAGUUUUUCUUUUCUCCCUUUUUUUUUUUUUGGAUUAUGUUCUGUUUUUAAUAGCUAGAGCCGGUGACAGGAGGUUCUUAAAGCAUAGUCCUUUUAGGAUCCAGCAACUUUAUUCACCGACUCGGCCCGGCGUGGCUCGAAGCGACCGGAGCCCGCGCAGCGAACGGCUUUGUAUCAUACCUCUUGAUGUGCGCCCGGCCCCGUGGCAGGCACCGCCCGCGGACAAGCUGUAAUUAUAUCCGCGAGGGAUUCUGUAUAGACUAGCGAAUGGGGAAACGAAUGGUUUCUAGGCUGCGUCCGUGCUGGUGUAUGUGUGAAGUGAGUGAGGUGGAUGUAUUGUGCUCUACACUUUUCCGAUCGAGGGAAACUGAUUUAAGGGAGAGCGGCCGGGGCCCCGGCCCCCGUUCGCCCCCGUGGCCCAUUUCCUAAUUAGACGCGAUUUCUCUCUUUUCAACUCUCACGGCUCUCACCUGUCUUGCCUUCUCGUUAUUUUAUUAUGAACUCCGUGUAAAUACGAUUUGGUUCCGCUGCGUCCUAUUUUUUUUUUCUUCCCCCCUAUGGCAUAACAUAAGUCUGUGAACUUGAAAGAUUUAAUUUUGUGUGUCGACAUAUUUUUUUUUUUUUUGUUUAGUAUUGUCUCAGAUUUUAUUAUGUAAAUCCCAUUAUUCAAAGUUGCCUAAAUCCAUUUAGAAAAUCUUUAAAGAAAAUUGGGAAUUCUUAAAGUGAGUUUAUUGGCUUUUCUGAUCCAUUUUUGUUUGGACCAAAAACCAGUAUUGUACAAAGUAUUAAGUAUAUAUUUUUAUAUUUACUGAAAUGGACUGUGGUGACUUUGGAUAAUAAGGAAAAGUUUAAUAUUAAAGCCAUGUUUAUUACAGUAUAAUUAACAUGUUAAACCAUGGGAUAAAUGCCAUCAAUAAAAAUUACGAA